GAAUAUCCAAUUCCAUGCUUGUUAUUUCUCAUUUGGGUCACCGCGUCGAAGCGAUCCCCGCAGCUCGACCAAGGAGCGUUUCGUCUCCGUCGACAGCAAGUUCCCGCCGCCGCCGUUGCCGCCAGCGCGUCCUCAAGCAUUCUUUUGGUGCGUCGACAUUGACGACUGCAAGGGAUCUUUCAUCCGGAUAGCGCCCCUCCGGCUGCUGUUCCAUUUUUAGAAUUCGCUCCGACGUGACAGUGGGACUGGAUUCAUAGGUGACCAAACACUCGCCGCUUCCGCCGACCGCUCGCGCUCUCUCCCUGCCCGCUCACGAUGGGACGCAAGAAGAUUAAGAUCCAGAGAAUCGACGACGACCGCAACCGACAGGUCACGUUCGCCAAGCGGAAAACAGGCAUCUUCAAGAAAGCCAUGGAGCUGUCCAAGCUGUGCGACUGCGAGAUUGCGCUCAUCGUCUUUGACUCGAACGACAAGCUGUAUCAAUACUCGAGCACGAGCGUGGAUCAAAUCCUUCUCAAAUACACUGAAUAUGGCGAGCCUUACGAGACAAAAGACAAUGCAGACUACGACACGUUAUUCGGCGAAAACAAGAAGAAGGGCAACGAAGGCAGUCCUUAUGGUGGCUUGUCAUCCCACGAGAGUUCCCCGGCGUACUCCAGCAUGACCGCUCCGAACGAUCGCAUGCUUGGCGCGGGGGUGUCUGGUGUGUCACUCGGUCUGACUAACGACCCGGAUCAAUAUAUGCUCAACAAUCGAAACAUGAACAAAAAGCGAGCUCCAAAAGGGUUUCAGCAACUGCUCCAGAAGAAAGACAUGCAAUACGCCCCGCCCCAGCUGCCGAUGUAUCAACAUGGCCUCGGGAUGCUAUCUGCGGUUCAUGGAAGUCACAUGCUAUCUGUCCUCCCAAGUCCCUCCAACUUGCACGGCAUUCUUCCUUCUCCCACCACUGCGAACAUGCUCCUUCGGCACGAGUUCAGUCCUCAAAAUUCCGACGGUAGUACCAUGCACCUCGGCAUGUCAGGCGAGCCUAGCGACGGGGACAAGUCGGGAGUGUUGGGUCUGAACUUAGGCCCGAACGACUUUGGCCACCAGAAGAACAGCAACCUUGGAUUCAAUCCUCACCGGCUAAGCCACGACGGAAGCAGUAGUCCGUACGACUCGCCGUCGUCCACUCCGUCGCAACUACAUCACCAACACCAUCAACACCACCAACAGCAAUAUCAACAACAGCAACAACCGUACAUGGGACAUCCCGACAACACUUUUUCAAACCAGCAGCACCAGCAUGACAACCAGGUCGACCCCAACAAUGAUGACGAUGAUGACGAUGGCGACGACGGAGACGAAGGAGGCGGCAAGCGAGGGCAUGGCGCAGGAAGUCGGACAGGAAGCAAUCCCAAACGGAUGAAGGUCACGACGAUAUAAGAUAUAGAUGUCCCUUCGAUUGUGUACUCGUACGUUUCUUACGUGUUGUAAAGGUUUCUAGAGAUAACAUACUCUUUCACGAAGCGAACGCAUAUUGGUUUUCUGAAUCUACGACACCAGCAACGCCAUUGCUGUCUUGAUGGCGUCCACGUGAGACUUUAACACGUUCCAUUGCUCCUUUGUCAACGAAAUGCCCUUGUUCCCUGGCUUCAUCGUUCCAUUUGCGUCGUAAUACUCUCGGAUAUCCACCAGCACCAUAGAUUUGAAUUUCCGCACAGACACACGUCGUUUACUGGAAAUCUACAAGGACACUCAGGGGAUGGAUAACGAGUCGGACACAUACGACAAAUGCGACAGAAUUGGGCUCAACAUCGCUCAAUGUGUCCACUGUGUAGUUCGCAACAGACUUGUCUGGGUUUUGCACCCAGUUGACGCUCAAAUCGAUGUCAUCGAUGAGGUUCAUCACAGCAUGAAAUUGAUCCGUCGUCAAGGAUAUACCCUUCUUUCCAGGCUUGCGUUCUCCGUUCGAGUCGAAGUACUCGCGAAUGUCGACCAGAAUCGCACUUUUCCACGCCCGCACAGACACUAACUUCUUGGACGAUAAGUCGAAUAGGAUUGACCCGUCUGCUUGUUUCUUGCCACCGGCGACAUCCUGGUCGGAUUUGGACUUCUUCGAUGCUCCGCUUUCAACCUCGCUGUCACUGCGCUCACGCUUCUUGACUACGUCGGACAGAGAUCCGUUUUCCACGAGCAACUUUUUCGUCACGUCGACUGCAGCCUCCACCGACUCGGGCUUCACAUGUUGGCCUGUCACUCGCCAUGUUCGCUGUGUCGAGCAGAAUUCCGACUGCAUCUCGGCGCGAGCUCGAUCAAACGUAG